AUGUCGACAACUUCCGAAGAAAACUUGGGUUUCGACUCCGAAAUCAGCGAGAACGAGAUAGACAUGGUUAGGCUGGUUCUCAAGCUGAAAGGCGCAUCCAACUAG